AUGAUUGUAUCAGAUGACAAUGACGGAGGCUGCGUUGUUCAAGAGAUCCUGGUUCGAGAGCGACAACACAUUUGCAAGCCAUUGAAGAACUUUGUGUGUGCUGAAAGUGCAGAUCCCUUCCAAUUCGAUCACAUUGAAAUGGGCACGAUCGACUAUGUGAUCAUGCAGUCUUCGUGUGCACAGAUGUGUCAUUUACAACUCGGUGCAAGUGGCAGCACAGAACCGGUUCAAGUCGACCGCUCAACACAAAGUAUGCUUGUGGUUGGAGGUUACCGCAUUAUGGUUCUUCAGUCGGGCAAGGUUACUAUCCACAGGACGACCGGGGCUUACAACCAAGAGCUUGAAGCGCAUUCAGCGUGGAAGGAGGCUGAAGGCGCCAAAGUGCGGAUGUUUCGCACGUCGCAUUGCGACAGUCUCCAAGUUGGAAUUUUGGCCAACGGCUGCUUGUUCCUCCUGGAAGAAUCCGAUGGUAGCUGGAGGUGGAGUGACACCACACCAAGGACUCUGGAAGGUGUCGUAGACAUCAGCCUGGAGGGGGGGCGAAGCUACUUUCUCAGCAAGCCACCAGAAAGCCCCAAGACUUUGGCGCCCGGGAACACGGCCUCGGAGACGCAUGGCACAGACACCCAUGCAGAUCUCAGAGACUCUUUGUUGUUCUUGCCUCCCCGUGAGGGCAUUGCAAGCCACCGAAGCCGAAUUGUUCGCAAAGCGACUCUGCCGCUGAAGCACCACAAUCGGGACCGUCGCACAGGGAAUGUGGAGAUUGCUGGCCGGACCGUGCGCAGGCAAGAGUUCACGGAAGCAGAUGAAGCCUUGAAAGCAUUGAUUCCAAAGCUGGACGAGACCUUCGAUGUGUCGUCCAAGGAGGCCGUAGAGAAAUGCCACAGGCUCUUGGACAGCUUGGAAUCCUCAACUUGCACCGUGAUUGAGGGAGAGACAGCAUCAGGGAAGUCUUCCACUGUGCUGCAAGUUGCAGCAAGAACAAGGUCUCCAGUGCAGCGCCUCAACAUGACUCCGCAAACAAAGGCUUCUGACCUUUUAGGCUAUUCCUAUGUCAAACAAGAGGGAGAGGCCUCAUGGAUUGCCUUUCGAGAUGGGGUUCUGACAACAGCUGCAAAGUGUGGACACUUGUUGGUGGUGGAAGAGGCGAAUGUGGCAGGUGAGGAGCUUUUAGAUGCGUGCAGAGAGAUCAUGCACUGCGGCCGUCUUAUUAUGCUGGGCGGUGCAGUUGCAGGUCAAGAAGGGGCAGAGCACGGGGCCUUGCACGUGACGGUGCAUCCCAACUUUCGUGUUGUUCUCACGCAAAACCCCGUGGGGAGCUAUGGCAACCGCAAGAUCUGGGGCAGCAGCAUGAUGAGCCACUUCACCCCUUUAUUAUUCGAGGAGUUCAAAGCUCCGGCCGGCUUCUUCCAGGACGAAAAGCUGCAGGCCUCCUUUGACCUCGCCCAAAAAUGUCGCCUGGCCGCCAAUGUGGAGGUUCCCAUCACUCUGCGGGACCUGAAGCAUGCCCAAGGCGCAAGGGAGCACUUGCGCGAGCUCGUGGCGCAGUUGUGUGUCCAACACCUGGAUGCCACUCAGGCACGGCAGCUCAGAAGCAAGCUUGCCGGUCUCUGGGGCCAGGAGCUACGUCAGCUGAGCUUCCAGGAAUGCUUGGAUGCAGCAGAGGCCGCGCGCCGCCCUGUGAAGGUCACGGGCCCCGAAAGGUCCGGCAAGCUACGAGAAGUGGUUUCUUGGGCUGAAAGGCGCAGGGGUGACAAUGGCUUUGAGGUGGUGUACCUCCAUCCGCAGAGCUCACCCUCUGAACUCCUGGAUUCCCUGCGCCCGAAUCCCGCUGACAGCGGCCCGCCCUUUGCGCUUGUGCAGGGGCCAAUCUCGAAAUGCGUGCAGGAGGGCAAGAUCUUGAUCCUUGCUGGCUACUUCCGGCCCGAGUUGUCCAUGGAGUGGCUCAACACGCUCCUAGAAUCCGAUGUUGGUGGGCAGAUCAUCAACAUAGGGGGCACCACCUUGCAGGUGCACAAAGAUUUUCAUGUGGUGGUAACCAGCACAAGCGGUGAGAGGCUGGAUCACCGGCACACGGCCACCCUUGCGGUGGAGACCCGUUUCUUCACCGUAGACUUGGAGACGUGGCCCUUCAGUGAUGUUCCAGAGGAAAGUCGGUCCUCUGUGGACCAGAAGCAGUUAGGUGCGCUGGUGCAGGACUCGCCAUUCUGGGAGGAAAACAACUAUUCCAUUGAGGGCCGGGAAGACGUGGUUCGUAGCGUGGCGAGUGAGCUCUACAGUAAAAAGAGGGCCACCUUGGAGGGAGAUGCGGCAUGCGGGAAAACAAGCCUGGCAAGACUCAUUGCAAAGUACUUGGGCUAUUCAGAGGACCAGGUCUUGUACCAUCUUGUCAGCGCGGACACAGAUCAGAAUCGGCUGCUUGGGAGGUGGCAGCCGGCCGCAGGCCGGCCGUUCUUCAAGCCAGGGGACCUCCUGGACGCUGUGACCAGCGGCAAAUUCCUGAUUUUGGAUGAGAAGAACCACUCUGCGCCAGAGCUCAUAGGCUUCAUUUAUGCGAUCAUGGACCCGAACACUCGCAAGCUCUAUGUGCCGCAACUCGCGAAACACGUGGAUGUGCAUGAGAGUUUCUGCCUUGUCAGCACUCAGAACCCCGCAGGUGAUCCCGAAAGAUAUCCUGGCUGCAAGCCCACCUAUCGUGCCGAGUGCACCAGGGUGAAGGUCUUUCAAAUGCCGCCGAUUGACGGUGGCCUUCGCCACAUUUUGUCCGCCCAGGCACGGGCUCGUGCCUUACGCUCGGAGGAGAGUGUUCAUAUUGUGCAGCGCAUCCAGCAGCUUGCAGAGCAGAUGGGGCUGGACUUGCGGAAGUGCAUCGGCUUGCUGCGCCGCUCCGUGCGCGGCUGCUCCAAGAAGUCCUUUUCGGUGGGCCUCGUGCAGCAGCGGAAGAGCGCUCGCGGCUGUGAAAGCGUUCCACUGCAUGCGAAGCUCAUGGGUUUGCUUCCUGGCAAGCUGCGCUGCACAGUGAAGGAAGAAGGGACUCAGCUGUUGAUCUCAGCGGAAGAUGAUGAGGAUGUGAACCUGGUGCUGAUCUGCAAACUGCCGCGGCGGCCAAACAGCAACUUGGAAGACUUGCGCAGGCGAUCGGUCGCGCAGCAAGAGCUGUUUUGCCGAAUGGCCUUCGCCCAUGCCUACCGAGAGCCUGUGAUCCUUUCUGGUCGAUCUUCCUUCAAGGCGGAUACCGUGCAGCUCUUCCACAGCCUUGUGGCAUUUCCCUCCGUCUCCUUGCGCCAGGUGCACAUUACUCCAGAAACCAGCACAGGGGACUUGCUGGGUGCCAUUGAGCCCGUGAUCAAAGCAAGCCCGCGGUUUUGGCAGCCUGAGCUUCAACAGGACUUCGUGUUCCAGCGCGGACAGCUGCCUGAUGCCGCAGAAGCAGGGGAUCUCCUGCUCCUGAAGCACCUGACGCUGGCGGAUGCCUCCGUUGCAGAGGUUCUCAACGCAGUCACGGACUCGGAGCCCUCCCUUCAGGUGGACGGAAAGGCGGUAACGCUGCAUGACCGCUUCUUCCUGGUGGCCACGGUGCAUGAGCCCUCCAAGGCCUUGAGCCUCGCACAGGCAAGCCGCUGGACGGUGCUGAAGGUCAAGGAGAACCAGGAGGAGCGCUUGGAGAUGUUGAUGAAUGUGCCACAAAGUCGAUGGGCGAAGCAAACAGGAGAGGCCUGGGUGGAAAAGGCCAUGGAUAAGAUGCUAACAGUUCUUGGAAAGUACAUUUCAGCAGUGGCUUGGGAUGAUGGCGAAUAUCCAGUCACAACGCAUCAUAUGACCAUGUGGUGCCGUUGUGUGGAGGUUGACACGGUGGAUCCAGAUCGAAUUUUCAACGUGUUGCUUGGAGCCCGGUGCUUGUUUUAUCAACGUCAUUCUCUUGACAAGGCACAAUCGCAGAUGGUCCUUCACCAUGGGCCAGGCCUUCCUUCCGACUUGGAAGAGCACAUCGCCAGGUUCGAAGCAAGUCCAGAAAGUGGACAAUUUCUUGGCGUGCGCCUUCCAGCUGGGAUACUUGCUGAUCCACCAGCGGAAUUCACACGGUCCAAGGAAGGAGACGUCAUGUUGCGGGAUGUCCUUUUCUUGGGCCUAGCUCGGGUGUGGGUGGCAGCCAUCGGUCCUCCCGGCAACGGCAAAUCCAAAAUGGCCAGCGUUCUGGGAGCCUGGCUUGGCUUGAAACACUUCCGACUCUUUUGCUCGGCGCACCUAUCUCGGGCCGACUUCGAGCGGGGGGUGCACCAGCAUGAGAACGGGGUCUUUGCGCUAAAGGACAGCCCAGCAAGAGAGGUCUACCAGCAGGGCGGCGUCCUGGUUUUUGAAGAGCCAAACAACUGCAAGAGCGAGCUGCAUCCUUGCUUCCUGGCGAUGAGUGAGGACCCCGCAGGCAUUGGCAUCCUUGCCAUGAACCCCCGGCGCAGCCUUCAGAGUGACGCGCUGGAGCUUUUCCCCACACUCUCCGCCCGAGUUUGUUGGAUGCCGGUGCCAGCCAUGUCUCAGGAGGACCAAGAGAAGAUUAUGCUACCAGUGGUGAUGCAGCCUUUUCUCUCGGUAGAGGAGAGGCGACAAAGGGAGAUUUGGGCAAUAUUCAAGCAGGCUCAUUUUACCCCAGAGCUGCAGGGACAUGUGGGCAUUCGUCAAGGCCAGCAAUUUGCAGCUCUAUGCCAGGGGGUCGAAUCACAGCUCAUGUUGCCAGACGGACGCAUCAACAACCAACUUCUUGCAAUCCUUGUGCAUGCUGUAUAUGGAGAACUGCAUGAUACUCCAGCAGUUCGGCAAGCUGUCCAUCAGCAGAUUUCAGACGGUUGGGCGAAUCGCAAGGCUGGUGUCGACGAAGAGUCGGCCUUGCCGCUGUGCAGUUGUUUGCUUGCCCGCUGA